AUAAGAAUUGCGGGACGAAGAGUGAAUGAGUGUUGAUAUAGUUGAUGUGUACGUCAUGGGUUUCUACAUACGUGUCUCGUUUGAGGCUGCCGAGUGAUUUACCGCUGAGAAGGAGGUAGUCGUUUAUGAGCUUCUUGUGCCUGUCGUAGCCUGAGAGAAAAAUGUUCUUCGCCUCACUGCGACCCGUCCUCCCCACGAGGAUCAUCUUCACCCCCCGAAGAUUCAGUGACUUCGUUAGGAUCGUGGAGGUGGGCCCCCGGGACGGUCUCCAGAACGAGAAGACCCUCCUCCCCGCCUCAACAAAAAUCGCCUUCAUCAACAAGCUCUCUCACACUGGUUUGAAGACCAUCGAAGCCACCAGCUUUGUCUCCCCGAAGUGGAUCCCGCAGAUGCAGGAUAGUUCCGAGGUCUUCAGCUCGAUCACCAAGGCUCCAGGAGUCUCCUACCCAGUCCUAGUUCCAAACCUAAAGGGCCUCGACUCCGCCAUCGCGUCUGGAGCGAAGGAGAUCGCAGUCUUCGGGGCAGUCUCCGAGACCUUCACCAUGAGGAACAUCAAUUGUUCCAUCGCCGAGAGCAUCAAACGCCUCGGGGAGGUCAUCAAGAAGUCCCUCGAGCACGGGAUUAGGGUCAGGGGGUACGUCUCCUGCAUCGCAGGAUGUCCAUACGAGGGGAAUACUAAACCCUCGAUGGUUGCAAGGGUUUCAGCCUCGAUGCUGGAGGCAGGAUGCUACGAGAUUUCCCUGGGGGACACCAUUGGCGUUGGCACCCCGAGGACAAUCGUCAACGUCCUCAACGAGGUGAAGAGCGCCUCGUCCUCUGGGGAUCUGACGCAAUUUGCUCUUCAUUGUCAUAAUACUUAUGGACAGGCACUGGCUAAUAUCUUCGCUGGUCUAGAUCUGGGGGUCAGGGUAUUUGAUUCCUCUGUUGGGGGCCUUGGGGGGUGUCCCUAUGCCCCUGGAGCCUCGGGGAAUGUCCCCACUGAGGAUCUACUUUAUCUUUUGCAUGGGGAGGGACUCGAGACUGGGGUCGACCUGGAGAAAAUCAUGGAGAUUGGGGUGUGGAUCAGUAAAGAGCUGGGGAGGGAGAACCAGUCCAAAGUUGGGGUGGCUCUCGCCUCGAGGAAGAGGACGGAGAGAUCCUCCGGUUGAAGGCAGUCAUUCCGAGAUUACUUCUUUCAAAAGGCAUUUACUUACAGAGCAGAGCUGAACACUCGUUAAAAAAUAUCAUUCAUCAGUUCGGGACAUUUCUCGAUGAACACUCUUGUUUCUUUAAAUAUUCUUGAAUAAUAUACAUAUUUUUUUGUAAACCUUGAAGGCGCAUUUCAUUGACUCCAGUAUUCUGAGCGUGGAGGUGAAAUUGAUCGUUUGAUUGAUGGUGAUGAGUACGGUUGGAGGGUUUAUACGGGGACUACGAGAUGUUGGAGAGCUCCUGGAGGAUCUCCUGGGUGUCCAGGGCGUUCAAGUCUAUCGAGGCACGGGUGUCAAUAAUUACUCCAGUUACCUGUGGAGGUGAAUUUUAAGUGUAGGCUUUAAAAAUUGAAUUCGAGAGAAAAUUUUCGUGGGAAUAUUCUUGGAGAGGAAAGGGAAAUAUUGUUGAAAAUUUUUAUUA